CAUUUAUUCAAACCCGAGGCUCUGUGCCUGUCUUUUGGAGCCAGGUUGGCUAUCGAUACAAUCCAAGACCUCGGCUGGACAAGAGGGAAGGAAAAAAUCGAUUUUAUAUCACUUCUUUGUAGGUGAAAAGGAAACUGUUGCCUAUUUCUGUGCCCACUUCGAAGAACAACUGAAAAUUUACAAAAAACAGGUUAUUAUUAACUUGGUAGACCAAGCAGGAAGAGAGAAAAUUAUCGGGGACGCUUACCUAAAGCAGGUGUUGCUCUUUAACAAUGCGCACCUCACUUAUGUUUCAUUUGACUUCCAUGAGCACUGCCGAGGAAUGAAGUUUGAGAAUGUUCAAACACUAACAGAUGCUAUUUAUGACAUUAUUCUUGACAUGAAGUGGUGUUGGGUUGAUCAAGCUGGGGUAAUAUGUAAACAAGAAGGGAUUUUUCGAGUUAAUUGCAUGGACUGCCUGGACCGCACCAACGUGGUUCAAGCUGCCAUCGCACGAGUGGUCAUGGAGCAGCAGCUGAAAAAAUUAGGUGUGAUGCCCCCAGAGCAGCCACUGCCGGUGAAAUGCAAUCGGAUCUAUCAGAUAAUGUGGGCCAACAAUGGUGACUCCAUCAGCAGGCAGUACGCUGGCACAGCUGCUCUGAAGGGUGACUUUACAAGGACAGGAGAAAGGAAGUUAGCAGGAGUUAUGAAAGACGGUGUUAACUCCGCAAAUAGGUAUUACCUGAAUCGAUUUAAGGAUGCUUAUAGGCAAGCUGUCAUAGAUUUGAUGCAAGGCAUUCCAGUGACAGAAGAUCUUUAUUCCAUAUUUAACAAAGAGAAAGAGCAUGAAGCUUUGCAUAAGGAAAACCAGAGAAGUCACCAGGAACUGAUUAGCCAGCUUUUACAAAGUUACAUGAAGUUACUGCUGCCUGAUAAUGAAAAGUUCCACGGGGGCUGGGCCCUCAUUGACUGUGAUCCCAGCCUCAUUGAUGCUACUCACAGAGAUGUGGAUGUGCUGUUACUGCUUUCUAACUCUGCCUACUACGUUGCCUAUUAUGAUGAUGAAGUUGAUAAAGUAAACCAGUAUCAACGACUAAGUCUAGAAGACCUGGAAAAAAUAGAAAUAGGUCCUGAACCCACUCUUUUUGGUAAGCCAAAGUUCUCCUGUAUGCGGCUGCACUACAGAUACAAAGAAACAAGUGGCUAUUUCCACACAUUGAGAGCUGUAAUGCGCAAUCCAGAAGAGGAUGGAAAAGAUACCCUUCAGUGCAUUGCAGAGAUGCUGCAGAUCACCAAGCAAGCCAUGGGACUGGAUGUGCCUAUAAUCGAGAAAAAACUUGAGAGGAAGAGCAGUAAACCUCAUGAAGACAUAAUUGGCAUCAGAUCUCAAAACCAAGGGUCGCUGGCCCAGGGAAAAAAGUUUUUAAUGAGCAAAUUUUCAUCUCUAAAUCAAAAAGUGAAACAGACCAAAUCCAAUGUAAAUAUUGGCAAUUUACGAAGGCUGGGAAACUUUGCAAAACCUGAAAUGAAAGUUAAUUUUCUGAAACCAAACUUAAAAGUAAAUCUUUGGAAAUCAGAUAGUAGUCUUGAAACCAUGGAAAACACAGGUGUGAUGGAUAAUACAGUCCAGGCAGAGUCUGAUGGGGAAAUGUCUUCAGAUGACUCCUACCACUCUGAUGAAUUCCUUACAAAUUCCAAGUCUGAUGAGGACAGGCAGCUAACUAAUUCUCUAGAGAACGUGGGGCCAAUAGACUAUGUUCUUCCUAGUUGUGGCAUUAUUGCUUCAGCACCUCGAUUAGGCAGAUCCCAAUCUAUUAGCAAUACUGAUGUUAGCAUUCAUGCUCCUUCAGAUAUUACUAUUGCUGCUCAUGGAAGUGAGUUUGGAAAAGGCUGUGAGUCUCCUUUAAAAAAAAGUCCUUCUGCUGAUAAUAUACACAUAUUGCCUGGCUUUGCCAAGCCUAUGGAUAUUUACUGCCACCGAUUUGUACAAGAUGCACACAACAAAAUGGCCCAACUGUCCGAAACCAGAUGUGUUUCUCAGCAGGCUAGUGAGGAAGGAAAUCAAACAACCAAUCAAGUUUCCAAUGAAGAAACCCAAUCUGAAUCAACGGAACACAUACCUUCUCGACCAUCUCAAUUAGAUGUGUGUUUUUCUGCAACAGGCCCACAGUUUUUGUCUGUCGAACCAGUGCAUUCAGUUGUAUCUCAGAAGACCCCCGGCUCUGGAUCCAGCAUGCUUGAACUUGAGACAGGGCUUCAUGUAACUCCUUCUCCUUCAGAGAGCAGCAGCAGAGCCGUCUCUCCCUUUGCAAAGAUUCGGAGCUCCAUGGUCCAGGUUGCUAAUAUUACCCAAGCUGGGUUAACCCAGGGGAUAAGCUUUGCAGUGGCAAAGGUUCAAAAGAGCCCUGCAGAACCUGAAGUGGUUAAUGAAGUCCAGCAAAAUGAACUUAAAAAUAUGUUUACACAAUGCCAGACGCGAAUAAUUCAGAUUUAGUUUUUAGCCACAAUCCUAUGGCUUUUAAUAAAAAAAAGUUUCACAUAUGAGGCUAUUUUAACCUGCACUGACUCUGAAUUUAGGGAUCAUAAAUUCUGUUUACUGGGAAAGGUUUUAAAAGGAAUAUGAACUUGAGCAGAUUUCCAAAUUUGAGAGUCAGGACAACAGAGGUGCAUCAUCCUAGAAUGUGUAGACCUAAGUAGCUAAACACUACAGAGCUGUUUGUCUCUUUGAAUGUAAUUCAGGAAUAGAUUACUUUGGGGUAUAAUAACCUGUACCUGAACCUUUUUUUUUUUUUUUUGAGUGGGCGGGGGGAGCUGUUGAGUAUAUGAAG